AUGGCGUCGGAUGAAGGAAGUGUUGACGAAUCGCAACUCACAGACGAGGAAGGCAGCGAUGAAAGUUCAGGUUCGGGGACGGACAAAAGUUCUAAACGUGCUAGAAAGCGUAGUUCAAAGAGACGCAGAAAACAGAAAUCGAGGGGCGAACUAGGACCUGGGGGGGAGGGGGAGGAUGAGGAGGAGGAAGGCGCAAGCGGUUCUUCAGAUGAAGACGGGAGUGGUUCUUCAGGUGAAAGCGGUGAAUACGGUUCAAGCGAUGAAUACGGUUCAGGCGAAGAAGGUUCAGGCGAAGAAGGUUCAGGCGAAGAAGGUACAGGCGAAGGGAAAAGUGGGAAAAGUGGGAAAAAGGGUCGCAAAGGACGCAAGGGUCGCAAAGGGCGCAAAGGCCGCAAAGGGCGCGCAAAGGGCGCAAAGGGCGCGAAGACGGCAAAGGGCGCGAAGACAGCAAAUCACGCCGCAAAGACGGCAAAAGGCGUGGUUCAAAAGAUGGUGAAAGUGAUACUUCAGAGGAGCGCAAAAAAGCUGAAAAGGAGGAAAGGGACAGAAGUUCCUCGCCCUUGUAUUCUUCGACAAUAUCUUAUUGUAGCUGCUUGUCAGGAUAUUCAUAUAUGUCUCCUUUGUCGACGCCUUCGUGUUCGUGUUCGUGUUCAGUAUGUUCCAUGUGUUCCUGUGAACAGUCAGCAGUAUUUAGCCAAGUUAGUAUCAACCGAGACAGCUCAGGCAGGAUUUGUGUCAGCGAAAUGACACCGCCCUACUGUGAAUAUUCCAGUGGCUACGACCGCUCUAACACGUCAACAAUCUACGUCUGCUACAAAAAACCGAGCUGCCAAUCGUUCUCACCUUCGAUAUAGCAUGAUCUGUGAUUUCUGCAGGAAAUUUGAACAGCGAUUCAAAAUGAGGUGGUCAGGGCAAAGAAAAAAAUA